UUCUUUGAUCCUCCUAUCCCCAGUUCCCCCCAUCCAUUAGCAGUAGAACAGAACAUUUCUUUUUUUUUUGUAUUUGCAUUUGUUUUAGCUUGUAUUUAUAUAUUUGUAAUAAUUCUGUAGACUUAAUAAAAACGAGGCAAUUCAAUUCAGGUAAUUGCCUGAGAGUUGAGACGAGCGUUCACAGCAUGGCUGGAUUUGUGAAGACCAGAAAGCGCAGCCGUGAAGAUGAACUGCCAUGUGAUUCAACGCCCUUGUCGAAGCGUAUCAACAAUUUACAUUUAAACUAUGACGAGGGUAAUAGCAGCAGCAGCAGUAAUUGCAGUUUACCAUCACUAGCCAAUAGCAGCAGCAACAAUGACAACAAUAAUUAUAUAGUGCCCGUAUUUGCGGCUGUGGCAGCAAAUCGAUCAACUGCAUCAAGAGUGGAUGGACAUAAUCCCAAUCCAGAUGGAGGACCGGGACCAGUUUAUAGCUACAAUCCGGAAUUAAGUGUUGAACAAAAUCCCUAUUAUUAUGCUAAAAAUAAAAUGUUAUACGAUUUGCAUGUGGAGCGUGUAAAGCGUAACACUCAAUAGCUUUAGAUACCUAUGUAAUUUUUGUAAUAAUAUAAAUAGAUAUAUACAUAUUAGAACACACACACACACACACACACACACAGAAAAACAUGUGUAGAACGUAAUACUCUCUAUCGAGAUUUGUAAUAAGAAUAACUUUACAAAAAAUAAGCCACCAAAUGUACUUUAAUCACUAUGUGAACUGCUGUUAGUGCCAAUGUCAAUGGAAUCUCUGAUUGGCAUGCGUCCAAAAAAAUGUUCAUUCUUUUUAAGCUUUAUUUAGUACAACGAUUUGCUCACCGAUUUUGGUCCAUGUUUUGUGUUUGUUGUGUGUCUCCGAAUGUUGCCUGAAGUAAAUAUUAUAUCAUAAGUAUUAAGCCACAAUUACGAGUAAUAAUUAGCAAUAGUAGUAUCUAAUAAUAAUAGACCAAAAGCAAAUUUUGAAAAAAAAAAAUAUAUAUAUACAUA